CGGUUUCUAAUCAUAAGAAACGUGACUGGGCCUUAGAUUCCGAUAAAAGCCCAUUAAUGAAGGCCCAAUUUCUGUUCUUUGAUUAGGAAACCGGUUUGAUUCCUGGAAGAGGAAAAACCGAAAUUUCACAUCAUACCAAACUUUCGUCUCUACCUCUCUCUCUAUCUCUCUCUUCUCGCCGUCGCCGUUAUUAUUCCGGGCGAUCAAAAUUAAGACAAGCCAUUAUAACUUGUGACCAGUCCCUGUUUAUGUGGGUUUCAAUCCUAAACCUCAAGUCUUCUGGUUUGAAUCAUUGCUUUACAAGAACCAAGGCUUUUCGAUAUUUCUGGUCAAGAACAAAGGCUUUACAAGAACAAAGAUUUCAGAGUGAUUCUGGUAAGCUAACUUACUCUGGAUCACGGUACUAUGUUUCCGAUGCAAGGAUUGGUUCAAGUAAGCAUUUUGGUGAAAGUUUUGAUACGAUUCUGAAGAAUAUUGAUGUCCCUAGUGACUGUGUUGAAACUAUUAGAAAUGUGCUUACGAAACACAGUUGGAUACAGAAAUAUGAGAGUGGGUUUAGUACUGAACUUGAUCAAUACAAUGUCAUUAGAAUUUUGGAUGAUUUGUUUGAGGAGACUUUGGAUGCAUCUAUUGCUCUAUACUUCUUUAGAUGGUCAGAGUUGUGGAUUGGUGUUGCGCACUCGAGCAGGUCUAUCAGCCGAAUGAUUCAUAUUCUGGUGUCUGGAAAUAUGAAUUAUAGAGCUGUAGAUAUGCUUCUCUGUCUGGUGAAGAAAUGUAGUGGAAAAGAAAGGUCCUUGUGUUUAGUUAUAAAGGAUCUAUUUGAAACUCGUAUUGAUCGUCGGGUUUUAGAAACUGUGUUUUGUAUGCUGAUUGAUUGUUGCAUUAAAGAGAGGAAGGUAGACAUGGCCCUGAAACUAACCUACAAAAUAGACCAGUUUGGCAUCUUUCCUUCACGAGGGGUUUGUAUUUCGUUAGUUGAGGAAAUUCUACGAGCUCAUGGGUUGGAGUUAGCUCGGGAAUUUGUUGAGCACAUGCUUAGUCGAGGGAGGCAUCUAAAUGCUGCCCUUCUUAGCCUAUUCAUAAGGAAGUAUUGCUCUGAUGGCUAUUUUGAUAAAGGUUGGGAAUUGCUUAUGGGAAUGAAAGACUAUGGCAUCAGACCUGACAUUGUGGCAUUUACAGUUUUCAUUGAUAAGUUGUGUAAGGCAGGGUUUCUAAGAGAAGCGACUUCGGUAUUGUUUAAACUCAAACUCUUUGGUAUCUCUCAGGAUUCUGUAUCCGUCAGCUCUGUUAUCGACGGGUUCUGUAAGGUAGGGAAACCAGAGGAAGCCAUUAAGCUCAUUCAUUCUUUUCGUCUUAGACCAAACAUUUUUGUGUACAGUAGCUUUCUGUCAAAUAUAUGUAGCACAGGAGACAUGCUUAGAGCUUCUACCAUAUUUCAGGAGAUUUUUGAGUUGGGACUCCUUCCUGAUUGUUAUUGUUAUACUACUAUGAUUGAUGGGUAUUGUACUCUAGGCAGAACAGAUAAAGCUUUUCAAUUUUUCGGGGCACUGUUGAAAAGCGGGAACCCGCCAUCCUUAAUAACAUAUACACUACUUAUUGGUGCUUGCAGCAAGUUUGGAAGCAUAAGUGAUGCAGAAUCUGUGUUUCGGAUUAUGAAAACUGAAGGUUUGCAUCCGGAUGUUGUAACGUAUAACAAUCUGAUGUAUGGGUAUGGGAAGACACAUCAGCUGAAUAAAGUAUUUGAGCUUAUUGAUGAGAUGAGAUCUGCUGGUAUCUCUCCAGAUGUUGCAACCUACAAUAUUUUGAUACAUAGCAUGGUGGUUAGAGGAUAUGUCGAUGAAGCAAAUGAAAUUAUCAGUGAGCUUAUCCGACGAGGCUUUGUUCCUAGUGCAUUAGCAUUCACAGAUGUGAUUGGUGGGUUAUCGAAGAGAGGGGAUUUUCAGGAAGCGUUUAUUUUGUGGUUCUACAUGGCUGAUCUUAGAGUGAAACCUGAUGUUGUAACAUGCAGUGCAUUACUUCAUGGUUAUUGCAGAGCGCAGAGAAUGGAGAAAGCUAUUGUUUUGUUUGAUAAGUUGCUUGAUGCGGGGUUAAAGCCAGAUGUGGUUUUGUAUAAUACGCUCAUCCAUGGAUAUUGCAGUGUAGGAGAUAUUGAGAAAGCAUGUGAGUUGAUUGGUUUGAUGGUUCAAAGGGGAAUGCUUCCAAAUGAGAGUACCCAUCACGCACUUGUUGUGGGGCUUGAGGGAAAGCGGUUCAUGAACUCGGAAGAGCAUGCAUCCAUGCUACUUGAAGAAAUUGUAGUUGCAAAUGGCGCCUGAUAGCCGGAGGAUGAUAACAGAUCACAUUCUGCAACCCAAUACAAGCUUUAUCUGUAAGUUUUGGCUUUUGUUUACGACUUUACGUUUUGAUUUAUUUGUUUUUAACACAACGUAAUUAAGUGAUUAAAUUUGUUCAUUUAGUACAUAAAACUUGUAAGUUUCACUUUAAUUCAUACAUAUCUCGACAACA